AUGACUGACGUUAAGAUUACAUACAUCGUCCCUAAGCGUGAGGUGCUGUCUGAAGCAGAUAUGAAAAAAUGGUUUUCUUCACAGGCGUACGGCGAUUUCCUCGAUUUUGUCUUUCGUAUUAAUACAGAGUUAACUUCGAAGCCGAAUACUGAGUGUGGGAAACCCAGCGAAAACGCUACGAGUGUGGUAGAGAUGCUGGAUUUGCUUGAAUCGUGGAUAGCUGAUUACCCGCCUAUAAAUGACGCAAAGCAGAGAUUUGGGAAUAAAGCAUUUCGCGACUGGCACAAAAGAUUGACAGAGUGCGCCGUUGAAAUACUGAAGGCCUUAUUAGAUCAGAAAAGUGCUGCUGCAAUUGAGCUUGCUCCGUAUCUGUGUGAUAGCUUCGGAAAUCCAACUAGAAUUGAUUACGGCACUGGACAUGAGUCAUGCUUUUUGAUGUUCCUAUGCUGCUUGUUCAAACUGAGAUUCUUUGUUCGUACCGACUACCCAGCGGUUGGCGGCAUAGUCUUCGAAAGAUAUUUGUAUUUGUGCCGUAAGCUUCAGCAGACAUAUCGUAUCGAGCCGGCUGGUAGUCAUGGCGUUUGGAGUCUGGACGACUAUCAAUUUGUUCCGUUUUUAUGGGGCAGCGCUCAGUUCAUCAGUUGA